UGCCCUAUCAUUGGUGUCAGUGGGAAAAAGUAGUGUCCCAUCAAUGGUGUUAAUGGGAGGAAUAGUACCCCAUCAUUGGUGUCAGUUAGAGGAAUAGUGCCCCCUUUGGUGUCAUGGGAGGAAUAAUGUCCCAUCAUUUAGGGCAGUGGGAGGAAAAUUGCACUAUCAUUGGUAUUAGUGGGGGGAAUAGUGCCCUAUCAUUGGUCUCAGUGCGAGGAAUAGUGCCCCAUCAUUGGUGUCAGUGGGAGGAAUUGUGUCCUAUCAUUGGCAUUAGCGAGGAGGAAUAGUGCCUCAUCAUUGGUCUCAGUGCGAGGAAUAGUACCCUAUCAUUGGUGUCAGUGGGAGAAAUUGUGUCCUAUCAUUGGUGUCAGUGGGAUAAAUAG